AUGGUUCCUCACGUGCCUCUUAACCCACAAGCCCCCGCGUUUGUCCCGGCUUAUCAGAACACAUGGCCUUUUACCGCCAUUCCUACUGCACCACCACCACCACCACUGCCGCCGACAGAACCACCGUGUCUGCAAGGGGAGUUUCUCUCUCUUCCACCCAACUUUAGCCUGUAUUUACCCACAGUGCCGUUACCCCUUUCUGAUGGUACGAACAACACCUUCCUUUCAUCACCACCAGAACCGUUUGUGGUGGUGAAUGAAGAAGUUGCUGUUACUGAUUCACUGAAACAGCAGCGGCAGCUGCAGUUCAAUCACCAUGGAUUCAUGAACAUCCGAGUUGGUCCGAGACGAUCAUAUCAGCAGCAGCAUCAGGCGCGAGUACUGUGGAAGCCAAAGAAAGUGAAGGAGGAAAAGGAAGAUAGGAAGCAACAAGAGAAGCUCUAUAGCUAUGGCUAUGGCUAUGGAGGGAAGAGGGGGAGACAAGAUUUUCGGCGAGAUGAUCUGGUGAAGUUUUUGGAAAAUCAUUGCAUGGUGGAGAACAGUAAAAUAGAGCAAGGAUUUGAAAAGACUGAUGUUUUGGCCUUUGAUUUUGUUUAUCUGCCGAUUGAUUUCAAGACAGGAUUCAACAAGGGCUACGCAUUUGUGAAUUUUACAACCUCAAAAGCAGCAUGGAAAUUCAACAUAACAGCCUCGAACAGCAAAUGGGAGAUGUACCAAUCCCAAAAGGUUCGGCAAGUUGCAAAAGCAAACAUUCAGGAGUUUUAG